GUUUCAAACAGUUACUUUUUCAAAUUCGCUACGAGCGUUUCAAAAAAGGAAGUGCUCCUUGGAAUAAAAUUCAUAAAAACGGUUUAAUAUAAAUAGUAAAAAUGUUUAAGAAAGUACUAAUCGGUUCGGCUAUUGCGCUCGUUUUGGGUAUCUUUAUUGGAUUUGUGGGGUUCCCCAAAUUGUUGAAGAAAAUGAUAAAAGGGCAAUUAAAUCUGAAACCUGGCAGUGAACCGCGGCAAAUGUGGGAAAAAUUCCCAAUCGCAGUAAAUUUCUCAAUUUACGUCUUCAACGUAACAAAUCCCGAUGAAGUGCAAAAUGGCGGAAAACCACGCCUGCAAGAGGUCGGACCAUUUGUAUUUGAGGAAUGGAAGGACAAAUACGAUUUGGAGGACUUUGAGGAUGAGGACGCGGUGGCCUAUAAUAUGCGCAAUACAUUCAUUUUUAGACCCGAUUUGGGGCUUAGCGGCGAGGAUUUAAUCGUGAUGCCACAUCCGCUUAUACAAGUCAUGUCUAUAGCCGUGAAGCGUGACAAGGAGGCUCUGAUCAACAUGAUAGCUGAGGGUAUUGGUGCACUUUUCAAGCCCACUACGCCAUUUGUGCGCGCACCUUUUAUGGACAUUUUCUUUCGAGGCAUCGAUGUGGACUGUUCCGUCGAACAUUUCGCAGCAACGGCGAUUUGUUUGAAUUUUCACACCGGCGCGGUGAAGGGCGCAGAGAAAGUGAAUGAAACACAUUUUAAAUUUUCGCUCAUGGGUGGGGCCAACCACACCGACGCUGGACGCUAUAAGGUCGCACGAGGCGUUAAGGUUAGUCAUGAUAUUGGGCGCGUACUGGAGUUUGACGACUCUGAAGAGCUGAGUGUCUGGGAUGGUGAUGAAUGUAAUCAGUUUCGCGGCACCGACACAACCAUCUUUGCGCCACUACUGAAGCCCGAAGAGGGUCUGUGGUCUUUUGCGGCCGAUUUGUGUCGUUCUUUGGGUGCGGAGUUCGAGAAGAAGACUAGCUAUGCAGGCAUACCAGCCUACUAUUAUACUAUAGACUUGGGCGAUCCAAAGAACGAUCCAGAUAAGCAUUGCUUCUGCAAAGAUUACCCGGACGACUGUCCACCUAAGGGUACCAUGGAUCUCACGCUGUGUAAUGAGGCCCCCAUGAUUGUUUCGUUGCCGCACUUUUUCAAAGCCGAUCCGAAAUUGGUUGCGGAUGUAGAUGGUCUGAAUCCGCAAGAGGAUAAGCAUGGUGUAUUCAUUAUUUUCGAAAGGAUAUCCGGUACACCACUGUCUGCUGCUAAGCGUCUGCAAUUUAGCCUAUCCGUGAUGCCCGUACCAGAAAUUGAGGUUAUGAAGAACUUACGCACACUCACCAUGCCACUCUUUUGGGUUGAAGAAGCGGCAAGUUUGGACAAGACAUGGACGGAUAUGUUGAAGAAGAAGGUUUUCUUAGUCAUCAAAAUUAAUAAUGUCUUUAAAUGGAUUUCUACAAUUUUCGGUGCAUUGGGCUUAAUAGUCAGCCUCUAUAUGCUAUAUGGUAAAAAUCAACUUACCACAACAGAUGUAACACCAACAACCGAAGUCAAUACGAUCGAUAAACAUUAAAGAAAUUAGCGCGUAAUUUAAAGAACAUAAGUGACGUGGCGAUAAUAAGUUUAGAGCAUGUAAUUGAAACUUAGUAAAUGUAUUUCUUUGUUGUAGUUAUUGUAGUACGAGCGUCAUAUAUGUAUAUACAUAUAUAUUAUUAUUGUAACAGUAAUUGACAAGCAAUUGAAUAAAUGUGAAAUAGUGACGAUUUUUGCAAUCAUA